AGAGCAAUUGACGAGUCAUUAGAAAAACUAGAAAAACAUAGCGAAAGUAUGUUAGAGACAAUGAAACAAACGAUUAAACUGUUGAAGGAAAGAGUGAGACAGCUUGAAUUAGACAGCUCGGAGAUCAAGCAGCGUUUAACAGAACAGAAAUAGAGGACAAUCGUAUGAAGCUUACAACUGCACGCGACAUUUACAAGAACCAGCUUGAGUACAUAGAACAAAAGCAAGUACUUCAGAGGAAGCUAGUGGAGCGUUACCAGAAAUGUUAUGUGAAGACAUGGAUAUCUCCACUUAAAUGUCAAGAAGACGAGAUCACUAUACAUCAGGUAUAUGUAACACCAGAUCUGGUAGUGGAAGAAAAGUCAGUACCCGAAACAGAGUCGAAACCGUUAAGCUGUAAAACGGUAACGCAGUCCAAAUAUGCUAACCGAAAUCUGAAACAUAUCAGUCAAUACCGCGACAUUUUCCAAACAAAUUGUAUGAGGUGUAAAAAGAUAUAUAUCGUUGGAGACGUGGGAACAGGAAAAAGUUCUUUCAGCAAAAUGAUGAUACAUAACUGGUGUAAAUCUGUAAAAGAAGAUAACUGCGACACAAGAGCACAAAUUCCAACAGUCGACAGUCAUAACAGUCAGAAUGAAAGUAAUGAAGAAUAUUCAACAAUCGAUUCCAAAGAUAAUGCAGAAGACGAAAGAGAUAUCAAAGAAAUGGAAAUGUUUGAUUUUCUGUUUUUUGUACCUUUGCAGAGAAUGUCAGAAUUUAGUUCGGACAUACUUGAAAUGAUACGGGAGCUUUACAAAGAUAUUGUCUCAGAUGAAUUAAUAAAGAGAAUAUUUUGUGAAGAGUCGGAUCAUUGCUGUAUCAUAGCUGAUGGCUUAGACGAGUGGACAAUUCCAAAACAAUUUCCUCAUCCCAGGCAUAUCACCUAUGGCAUACCGAAUGGAGACAGGGUACAGAAUGCUACAAUUGUAACGCUUUCAAGACCCUCAGCAAAAGGAAUUUUAAAUUUGAAAUCAUCAGAAUGUGACAGGAAAAUCGUAUUACGGGGAGUAAGCAAGGAAUCACUAGGCAGAUUUACAAGAAAAUACAUGUCCAUACAAACUAGGAUAGGAUACAUUCCCUUAUCAGAAGAAGAAGAAGAAGAAGAAAGCUCUGCAAGUGAUUUCUUAGAGAAACUCUUAGAAACAAAGUUCCAUAAUCUGGAGAAAACACCUAUGCUUCUUCAACAACUAGUAUGGUUAUAUUGCAGAAGAAAAGAUAUUGGCACCUCGAUUAGUGAUAUAUAUAGUAACAUUGUGAACAUUAUGUUCGGUUGGUCGAAGAACAAAGAAGAUGAGGACUGUACUGACGACUCUGCGAAUGUUCCUAUAGAAUUAGAAGGAAUGGAACUUCCUGAGCUUUUGAAGAAUUUCCCUAGAUGUGAAACAAACCAACGAUUCAUUUUCAUCUUAAGUAAACUUUCGUUUGAAGCAUUAACAGACAGCACAUCUUCAUACACACUUGGCCGAUCGAAACUUCAGAAAUGUGGCCUGUCUCAAGCUGACAUAGCGUCUCUUAUUAAAUUUGGGAUCAUAGAGGAAUACAACAGCUUAGAUCCAACAUUCGAACAAACAUACUUUUCAUUCAUCCACUUAUCCUACCUUGAAUUCUUCGCCGCUGUUUACGUAUCAAUCCGCUACCAUGCCUUGCACAGUUCCUCCCAAGCAAAGAAACGAAAAAAAGAAAGAACACCCUUAGAAGAUAUUUUCUUGAAGUUACAUUCUACUGCCCAUAUUCUUGAGAUGUCAAACCUGUUUAUAAUGCUUUGUGGAUUAUCUCCGUUUCUUGUUGAAGAACUUUUCUGUUUGAUUUCAAAAACUGUGAGAACUGAUGAACGUUUGAUAAGUAACAGAGAAAAUCUGUUCGAAAGUGACAUAGAAGAACCCGAGUUGAUACAGAAGCUUUUGCAGGAUUGUUGUUUAGAGUGUUCGGAUUUCAAUACUGCAAUUUGUCUUUCCGAUAUCUUUAUAACUAGUAGCAAUUCGUAUCUUAUUCGUCAAAUUAAUCCCAAAGAAGUGUUAUCACUUUGUAUUGAGCAUUACUUCUUAUGGGAUGAUUAUACCGUCAACUGGAUUACACAGCUUCCACACUUACAGCUUGCUUGCAUUGAGAUCGAUAAUGUGGAGUGCGGGAAGUUUGAUAAAUUAUUGGAGGCACUUAAACAAGUUGUUUCAUUAAAGCAACUUUUUCUCUAUAACAGAUAUAACAGCACAAAUAUACAGCGUUUAAGUCGUGAUUUCUUGUUUAGAAUCUGAAGACUGUGAUGGCCAUCCAAUUGAUCUGUCCAAACAUGACCAGCUUGAGCGUAUUCAUUUUGAGUAUGUUACGUGUUUAGAAAUAUCUGGGCUCCCCCCAAAAAAUCUUCAACAUUUCUACAUCUCGAGCUGCUCCGGUGUCAGGAUUGAUCACAUGACAUUUGAAGUGUUAUCUUUGUAUCUAGAGAAAGCAGUUUCCUUACAACAUCUCAUAAUCGAUGACAUAGAAUGUGACGAAGAUUGUGAAGGUCAUACUAUUAAUCUGUCUCAACAUCGUCAUCUCAAGAUUAUAGGUCUCGCGUGUUUUUCAUGCAUAUUAGGUUCUGCGGAAAACACUAAAAAUCUUGAAACAUUUGUCAUGAUAGACAGCUCAUCUAACAUGAAACAUAAAAUGUGUGAGCAAUUAGCUUCGUCAUUAACACAAGCAAUAAAACUGAAAGUGCUUAGAUUGGAAAAUAUUGGAUGCACCACCCGUGAAUGUAAAGGUCACGAGAUAGAUCUGUCGAAACACGAUAAGCUACAAAAGGUGGUCUUAAUAGACUGCUGUUUUUCUGCUGUGAACAGCUUAAUCGUUGUAGAAACAGAAGGGAAAUGGGCUGGAAGUAUUUUUGAUGGAUGGUAACGGGCCUGGACGUCAGCGAUUUUAUAGUGCAUAUAAUAUAGCACAGUACUUUUAAUAUCGUCGGAGUCCUUAAAAUUGCGGAGUACCAUGAUUCGCGGCCAUUUUCUUUUCUUACUGGUCACGCAAAAUUUGCAUUCACGCACCGGAAAUUAGCAUUUACUACGAAUGUGACUCAACCGUGACGAUCUUUCUAAUGAUAAAAUGCGUUUUAAGAAGGCAAGUGCAUUAAAUAUUAACCUGUCAUGAAAAUCUUACCUUUUACGUUAUUCCCUAAAUAUAGCCACCAAAAGUAUGGUUGUUUGAAGUCCAAAUUUCUUUCGUCCGCUUUGUUUAUGUUUUAUCAAUGGAGGUUACGUGGCACAAGUUGUGAUGUAUAGCGGCUAUUAAAAUAGUGUUUUUCAUGUACCUAUAACCCUUAGCAUUUUUGUCCCUGCUUUUUCAAACUUUCUGAAUAAUCCUCAGCCUAUCAGAAGUAGAUACUCUAUCACAUUCCCAAAGUGGGCUCAAUGUAAUGGGAUGGUUAAAGAAAAACCCAUAUAAACACUGGAAUCGAUAAGAUUCAUUGCUCUGACGUAAGAGUAUGUUAAAGAAGGGAAUCUUUCCUAUGUCUUCACUGUGUAAGUCUGGAAGAAUAGAAACUAUUUUGUUAGAGAUUUGAAAUAUUAAUGUUUUAAUUUUUUUGUUACUGUAGUGAAACAUUUUAAAAGCAAAAAACAUUGAAAAUCAUGAAAAUCACAUGAAUGACUGUAUUUGACCUUUAAGGCACGUGAUUCAAGUCCCAGGAUGCUGUGAUGUCAUAUCUGCGGAAUCAAGGUUUACAGACGACUGACAUAAUUUUUUUGACAUGACUGUUUCGGACUAAUCCCUGCAGAUAACUAAAGCGAAUAAAAUUAAUUGGAAUAAUGCAUGUGGUGGAGGAUAAAUGUAUUUAAUCAGGUAUGUAAACAUUUUCAUAUGACAACUGUUAUUUAUUGAGUUUGCGAAUCAUGGUACGCCGAGGAUAUAGCACAAAAUAUGGCAAAGAUGUUCCCAUUUGUUGAGAAAGCACCGAAAUGAACAUGGAAUUACUUUAGGGUAUUCCAAAUCCUACAAGAGGAGACAAAUUCUAUCUGCCAUCGAACUUCCAUUAAAAGAAACUUAAAAAGUGGGUAACAGAAACGAGUUGAUGAAAAGGGGUUUCCCUUUUAAUUUCACCUUAUAAACACUUAUAAACAUUGUUUCUUAAAUAUAUUCAAAACGUACCACAUGUAUGCGAUAAACUGUCUUGCGUAUAUAUAACGGCCGCCAUUUUGGAAUUCCACAUGGCUGCCAUGAGUGCCAGUAUAAAUGUUCUUAUUACUUGGACUGUAAAAGAAACUUCUGUCAUCUAACUGCAUGACAGAGAUGAAAAGAAAAUGUUGGCUUAUAUAAAUGGCUGCCACAUAGAUGAAGAAAAACAUGUUAUCAAUUGAAUUCACUGUUACUUUGAUAUGACAUAUCAUAAAAAUGACAUUUCACAAAUCAUUGCAAAAAUUACAAAUACAAUUCACUUCAAUAUUCAAUAGUUUAUUUGGCAAAACAUAUACAAUGUUCAUCGACUCUGGCCAGUUAUUCUCAAAUGACAAGGCUUGUGGAGCUAUGGUGCAAUUUUCAAAGAAGCAUGCUAUUUUUAAAGGAUUUUGGUCAUUCCGAUGUACAUAUGAACAGACGGGAUUAACUAGGGCGAUCGAUCAUUUCAUUUGCAGUAGCCUGUUUUAACUUUGAAUUGCAAAAGUUUACAUCAACCAUUGCACAAAGCAAAGUAACUAUUUUCAUUGUUUGCAAUUACAAUAAGCCUAUAAGGAUCAUUUCUGCAACAU